UUGGCCGAGCGCUAGAGUAAGUGUUGGGAUGGAGGGUGAGUGUGGGGUUUAGGGUGGAGGUAGCGUGAGCGUUUGAGUUUGCCAAAGAAGUAGAGUGAGUGUGGGAAUGAAGCGGUGUUUUGGAGCGUCUGUGAUUGGGAUGGGGUUGCUGGACUCCAAAGCAAGGCCAUGGAACCUGCACAUUGGGGACGGACUGUUAAGGACUGGUGUCAGGAAGCACCUCAUGCAUCAAGAGGAACCUGUUUGCCUGCUCAAAAACCUGCAAAGAGUUGUGAAGAUGCAGACAUCUGUUGGACGUUCGCGACCAUUACUGCAGCUCACAUUGGCUCUAGUUAAACCUGAUGCUGUGGCUCACCCCUUAAUCCUGCAGGCUAUCCAUCAGAAAAUCUUGGACAACAACUUCAUCAUCCUGAUGCACAAGUAUUUAAAAUGGGAUCAGGAAGAGUCUCGGACAUUUUACGCAGAGCAUUCAGGUAGAUUCUUCUAUCAGCGAGUGGUGGAGUUCAUGACCAGUGGUCCUAUGAGAGCCUACAUCCUGGCUCGUGACGAUGCCAUCCAGCAUUGGCGCUAUCUGAUGGGCCCCACCAAGGUGUUCCGAGCACGCUACUCUGCUCCGGAAUCAAUCCGUGGCAACUAUGGGCUGACAGACACCAGGAAUACCACACAUGGCUCAGACUCGCCAGAAUCAGCAGCAAAAGAAAUCUCCUUUUUCUUUCCUCAGUUUAAGCCGCAGCAGUGGAUCAACACAGAGGAGAUGUCUUAUCGCCAAGGACAAUACUUUUACCAUUCUGAGAAACAAUUGCACCUGCUCAGGACAGACCAGCAACAAUUAGUGCAGACUCAAGGGGGCUCACUGCAGGCUGACCUCAACAGCAUUGACGGCUCGAGAGCACUGAUCAAGAGGGCAGUAACCGCAGGCCAAUUGUGGGGGCACUGCUUGCAGUCCAGUCACGAGGGCAGCUAGUUCUGGGUUCAUGGAACUGACCACAAGUGAUUUGGGUCGGUUUGUUGCUCAUUGUAGUGAAAAAUCUGAAUGUCUACUGUCAGUAUUCCCAGGUCAGCGAGUCCCACUCAAUGGUGCUCAAGGUCAGUCUGGUUAUAGUCUGUGUGCCUCUGACUCAGUGGUGAAUCUGUAGACAGGAGAAGCAGGGCACACUUCCCGAUGGAAUUCCAGCUUCUCACCGUUGAUCUCAGCUCCGUGGAAGAACAAUAGAUUAAACAGUACAGGUUAGAUUUGGUGUUCAUGGGCAAAAUGGAGAUUGGAGCUUGGACAGUCCUGAUUGUUACUUUUGCCUCCAAACUGGAUACUGUACAAUCUGACUCUCUCACUGUGAUUGUUCUGGUUCUUUUGAAUAAAAGAUUUGUAUAUUUAUAUGAA